CACUGAAUUCCCAUCUUCUUUCGAUAUAUCACUAGCUUCUUACUGUUCAAAGCAGGUUGCCUCUUGCUUGCCUUGAUACCAUUCUUCCACUACGCUCCUAAACAUCGGUACCUCAUACAAAUGACUUGAAGUUUGCUUGAUCUUCUUGCCAACCCUCAUCUCUUAUUUACCCCGCUUCUCAGCCUCCAGGAGGGUGUAAAAAUGUUUCCAUCUACAGUCAGGCAGAGCAUUGCGAGGCUUCCAAAACGCCCCUCUCUCGCCAUCAUAGACGAUUAUCUCAACACAUCCGAAUCGCAUUUCGCUCAUAUUUCACCAUCGAGCCUGCAAGUUACCACAUAUAAUGAUACCAUCACUCCUAUUAACGAAGCAGAGACCGCUCGUUUGGUGGAGCGGCUGAAGCCCUUUGAGGCGAUCUCAACGAUGCGCGAACGAACUGCAUUCUCGGGCUCCUUAUUGCGAAGCUUGCCUAAUUUGAAGCUUCUGCUAGCCACAGGAACACAGUUUGAGACAUUUGAUCUUGCCGCUGCUAAAGAGUUGGGGAUUACCGUCGUUGCUGCCCCAGGCCUUGGCCGAACUGAUGAACUCAAUGAUAUUGGCUCGCGGCCUAAUAUCAAGAAAGGAGGAGUUCAUCCAACCACGCAGCAUGCAUGGGCUCUCAUUAUGGCACUCUCACGCAAUGUCGCUGCCGAUGACGCCGUUCUGAAAACCGGCACCGGAUGGCAAACUGAGCUGGCGAUAGGCCUAACGGGACUCACUAUAGGCGUUGUUGGCUUGGGGCGACUGGGAGCUGCAGUCGCUCGGAUUGGACAUCUUGCCUGGGGCAUGAAAGUCUUGUGCUGGAGCGAAAACUUGACACAGGAAAAGGCUAGUCGCAUGGCUGUUGAGGCGGGCUUGCCACCAGAUACAUUCCAUGCAGUGAGCAAAGAUCAUCUCUUCUGCAACUCCGACGUCGUGAGCUUGCAUUACGUGUUGAGCGAUCGUUCACGGGGAAUUGUUGGUGCCAAGGAGCUGCAACACAUGAAGAGCUCUGCAAUGCUAAUCAACACGUCUAGGGGGCCACUGAUAGACCAAGCUGCGCUCCUUGACUCACUGGAGCGCGGGGCUAUACGUGGUGCUGCAUUAGACGUGUUUGAGAUUGAGCCUCUUCCCAUGUAUAGCCCUUGGAGGAGGACUAAUUACUGGGGCCGAGAUGGACGGUCACGUCUGAUCACCACGCCACAUAUGGGAUACAUGGAUGAAAGAUUGGUGAAUGCAUGGUAUGCCGAAACAGCGGAGAAUAUCGAUCGUUGGCUUGAAGGAAAAGAAGUUUUACACCGUAUUGCUUGAGCCUAUGAGUGCCUGCUCAGCACCCCAAUCUACAUUCAUAAAUGAACGGUUUUCUUCCACAUGUGGUUUUGAUGCUCAAACUGCACGCCGUUGCUGGGGUGCUGGAUAGUUCUUCUCUUGAUCUAUAACGAGAUUGAAUACCACAAAUAGCUAUCCACAUAG